GUAGCAGUGGGCACGUGAAGAUCGUGAAGAUGCUCCUCGAUGCAGGGAGCAACAAGAACAAAGUUGAUUCAAAAGGCUGCUCACCGCUGUGGAUUUCAUGUGCAAAAGGCCAUUCGGAGAUUGCUAGCCUGCUCAUCCAAGAAGGCGCCCACAAGGAUAAGGCCAAUGUCCUGGCCGAAUCGCCUCUUUGGAAAGCCUCCGAGAUGGGCCACGCCAAGGUGGUGCAGCUGCUUCUCAGUGCUGGCGUAGACAAGGAUCGGCCUGAUGCUCGCGGUGCGUCCCCCCUCUGGAUCGCAUCGGCCAAGGGCCACCUCCCCGUCGUGCGCUUGCUGCACGAGGCUGGCGCAGACCGCAGCAAGGCAAACAAUCGAGGCGCCACGCCCUGGUGGAUCGCCUCGCACCACAACCGCUUCGACGUCGUGAAGUUCUUAAGCUGCCA